AUGGCUAAGAGUUCAGCAGCAGAUAUCAGAAGAACUAAAUCAUUCAGUGCCCAGAACCUUUCAAGGAUGUCCAGUGACUCUGAAAGUGAGUCUACUGGGUCACAUACUGGUAUCAAAAUACAUAAACCUAUGUGUGUAAAAACUGUGGCUGCUAAGGAUAUCACUGAUUCUACAUUAGAAGGUUAUCUAGAGAGAAGGAAUUACAAUGGACAGUGGAUUAGAUAUUGGUUUAUACUACAUUCUAAUUGUUUAUAUUGUUACCUAACACCAGACGACACAGUCACAGUAGAUAUCUUAGAUAUAAAUAACUACCAUAUUACUGCUCUUGUUGACCGAUUUCGUGGCAAACCAUACGUCAUUUUACUUUCGCAUGAGGAAUUUUUACCUCUUCACUUAGCAACGGAAACAAGAGAAGAAUUAUCAACAUGGAUAGAUUAUUUACAACCAGAAAGUAGUCAAGCUUGUCCUUUAGAUAAUUAUAAUAUUCAUGGGAAUAAUAAUAAUAGUGCUAACAAAGUAGAAUAUUAUAAACAGAAAUUAUUAGCUGAAGUUUUACAACAGAAACAUACCAUAGAGUUAGAGAGAGCCAGACGACAAAAGAAACUGUCAGCUAGUUCAUUUGAUCUUCAACCUACCCAUGAUGGGGAAGAUAGAAUUGUAGAGAUGACAAGACUUCAUCAAAGAAGAAUGUCCACUCAAAUUAAGAUGGACACACUCAAUAAACAGCUUCAUGCCAACAGUGCUGCCAAAAAACCUGCAGGAUUGUUUAAAUUUGGCAAAAAGAAAUCUGUACCUAAAAUAGAACUCAAUCCUUUCCUGGUGGACCAAAUUAAAGCACUAUCAGUGACAAUGGACAAACUUAACAAGGAUCUUGCUGACCGAACUGGAGACUCAAACACUCGUUCCAAGCUUGCCAAUUCUUAUAAUAAUUCUAAAAGUAUGGAUCUCUUACCAGAACCAGAAAAAGACUUAGUACAUAGAAGUAAUAGUUUAAAAUCUAGUAUGCAAAAACUAGCACACAAAACAUUCAUUAAAGCUUCGUGGACAAAGCGUCGAAAAUCUCGGAAUAAUCAGAGUAACUCUUCAUUAGACAGUGAUGAAAGUCAUGGUUCUUUUCAUUCAGAAACAGACUUUGUGGACUUGACCAAGCCUCAUGAAAGGAGUUCUAGUAGUGAUCGUUUAGGGGUACCUAGUGAGUGGAGUUUAAGUAGUGACUCUAGUUUUAGUUUAUCACAUCAAUCAAGUAGUGAACAUUCACCAAGGUCACCAAGGGGAGAGAACCCAAUGACAUUUGAUAUCGCUUUUGCGAAAAUGAAAGCAUUAGAACAAGUUGAUGAAGGGCGCAUAUCGCCAAAUGUUACUAAUGGAAAUUUCAAGAGCUCUCCUCGAAAGGAGGUAGAUCCAGCAGUGCUAGCAGAAAUUGAGGCAUUUGAAGAAAUGGCUAAAGAUAUGAUGAACAGAUUGACAGUUACAAAAACCUAGCAAAGGGGAAAUAACUCUAAUCAUUAUGGUGCUCAUUUUGUGUUCAACUUUAUCUGUUAAAUUGUUUGAUUCUACGCAGAUUAUGGCCAAAAACUUUUAUUCCAAUUCAUUUGGUGCAUUAGUUUUUUACUUAAAAAAUCAAACUUGAUUUUGGAACCAAUGUUCCUGUUAAUUUCUGCAAGUUGCAACUAAAAUAAUCCAUGCAAAUUGAGUAUACCUGAAGAGAUCUAUAUUUUUGUAUUCUAGUCUACAACACUACCUCACAAUAUAAAAACAAUCUGUUAGAUAGUUGUAUUUAUGACAAGUAUUUCGACAAAUAGCAUUUACAAAUUAACAAUCCAAUGAUAUUUUUACUGUUGACUUUCAAUUUGCAUCAGUCAUAAUGUUGACAUUCUUCUAAUUCCUCCAGUCAGCGGAAAUCUAGCAUUAUUGUGUAUGAAUUGUUGCCAUGAUUUGUUUUUUUUUUGGUAUUUUGUAUGAUUAUUUUGUAUGUUGAAUUAGUGUUAUAAACAUAAUUGUAAAUGAAAUAAAUUAUUUAUAUCCCUUUAU